CGCCGGCAUGCCAUAAGCCUGCCACAAGUCUACCGCACCUUCUGCCACGGGCUAGCCAGCCACAGCCCAGCGCCACCCUUGCCAUCCCUGCGCGAAUUAGCCUUCUGACACGACGGAGAUCAUCCUCCGUUCCGCUGCUCACGCUCACACCGUCCGUCUUCACAUAUCACAGGGCACCUGAGGACCUCGAGGCUUUUAUGCGCUGUGCCUCUUCCCGCGCGAGCGAGUACGAGGUCAGGAUUGGGGAGCUCAGCGGACGACUCUCGGAGCAGCUCAGCAGCCUCCGCGCCGUCGACAGUCUGGUGCACGAUGCGCUCACGAGCAUCCAGCGCCAAACCCUGCGCGCUAACCGCGCCCGCAGCGUGGACGUCCCACACAUCCGCUCAGAGCUCGACCGCUCGCUCCGCUCUCUCCAAAGCCUCGCGCACACGCUGCCCACCGUGCAGACCCAGAUCGGCGACAUCCGCCAUGUCUACGACUCGGGACGUGAAAAGGCCCAAACGCUCGUCGCCGACCUCGAGUGGCUCAACACGGACUUCCCCGCGCGCUGGCGCACGAUCCUGUUCACGUCGCGCGCGCCCGUGUCGUGGCGCUGGAAGGCGAUGUCGCGCGCCAUCUUCGUGCUCGUGCUCGUGCUUGCGUGCGUCGUUGCGUGUGUCGCGCUGAGGGGCGCGUACCGCGCGCAUCGGCAGAGGUUGGUGUGGGGGGAGCGGCUGAUGUCGUGAGCUGGAGUUACUGGCAGGAGGAUCGACUGUCUGUUAAGGAACGGAGCUGGAGCUGGAGCUGGGUUUGUCCCAAGGUUUAACCGCCGGUUGCGUUCGGGCUGUCUCACCGAGGUGUUCUGGAGCAGGGUUGCAGCAAACGUGCAAAAGGACCCUAGUGCAGCUGCUGUAUCUUCCUCGCAGGCCUUGCCCCUCCUCUUCACAGUCGUUAACCGACUUCAUCUGCAUAUAUCACAUCAACUCAACUCACCAGCCUCGGUCUUCCGUACACAUGGACCACCCGCAUAUCUGCACAUACAUGCCGCGCGCAUCCCGGAUCUCUCGUUGCUUACCAUACCCCCAUCGUCAUCGUGUAACAUUAUUUUCAUCCUGUUCAUUGUCUGGCAAUUAAGUAAAUACUGUAUCUAGACCGAUUUCGGCUUCCGAACGCACGUCCUCUCUAACUUACUCUUUUAUUAUGAUACUUGUGUAUAUAGGCUUGCUGCUGCUCUCGAAUUUAUUAACGACUUU